AUGGGAUCAAUGGCUGGGCCUCCGGAGGCAAGUUAUGGCUUUGUCGGCAUCGGUGUCAUGGGAUUCGGAAUGGCGCUCAAUUUGCGGAAGAAGAUUCCAUCGUCGUCGCGGUUCGUUCUGUGUGAGAUCAACAAGGACCGAAGAGAUCAAUUUGUGCAGGAGGCAAAGUCCCAGGACCUUGGCGCAGUCGACGUCGUAGACACGCCCAGGGACGUUGCCGAGAACAGCGACAUCAUUAUCACUAUGCUGCCGAAAGCGCCACACGUUUUGGAGGUGUUCAAGAAUCCGCAAACUGGGUUUUUGGCCAUCGACAAGCCAGCCAAAUCCAAGCUCUUUCUGGAGUGCUCAAGCAUCGAUACCGCAUCGUCAGUCGAGUUAUCGAAGGUUGUUGAGGCAUCUGGGAUCGGACGUAUGAUCGACUCGCCGGUAUCAGGUGGACCGCAGGGUAGCGACGCAGGCACGUUGACCUUCAUGUGUGGUGGGCCUGAGGAAUUGUUUCAGCAAGCUGUACCUGUUCUUAGCAUGAUGGGCAAGGAAGACGCCAUCAUCAACUGUGGCGCCCAAGGUGCUGGACUUGCAACUAAGCAGCUCAACAACUACCUCGGGUAUAUUGGAUAUGUCGGACUCUGCGAAGUCAUGGCCACAGGUGUGAAGUAUGGUCUGGACCCCAAGACCCUAUCAGAUGUCAUCAAUAAGUCGAGCGGUAUGAACUGGAAUUCGAUGCACAUGAACCCAGUGAAAGGUGUUCAUCCGAAUGCACCGGCAUCGAGAGACUUCAAGGGUGGCUUUUCUGUCGAGCUUGCCCAUGGCGUUAUCGCUGAUGCAACGAACCUGAUGGACCAGGUCGGUACAAGAAAGGUGCUCGCCAACGAUCUUAAGGGCAUCUACGAUGAGGCUCUCGAAGAUCCGAGGACCAAAGGCCAGGAGGCUCGAAGUGUCUGGCGUUUCUUCGAGGAUGGAAACGCAUGA